UUAGUUUGAGCUACUAGCGAUGGCUUGAAACUUCAAUAUUAUUGACUUGAAGUAUUAGUUGAUAAACUUUAACUUGAUCUACAUUGACUUGAAACUUCAAUAUAAUUUACCAGAAGAGGCAAUAUCUUUUUUAUCCAGGCUUUUUCUCCUCAUCCACCACUUUCUUCAAUCUAGCACCAAAUGAGGAACAUUGCAAAAACUAUACACUUUCUUCCAGCUCUUUUCAUAGUAAUCAUUGUUGUUAAAGCUCGUCCUCUUCCACAAACCUCUCUUCAAUUGGUUUCAGAUGGAAUUGAUCAUGUUCAGGCCAACCAUUCUUCCAAAUUGUUUCUCAAAGAAACGGGUUCUUCUUCCGAGUGUGAGCAGAUGUAUGGUUUCUUGCCAUGUUCAAAUAGCAUAUAUGGGCAUCUCUUCCUGAUUUUGGUGUAUGAAUAUCUACUUUUCCAUGGAGAAUCCUAUCUGGCUUCAGGUGGUGAGCAGAUAUUCAAGAUUCUUGGGCCUGGUUUCUUUGGUGCAAGUGCAUUUCACAUCCUCGGUGCCCUUCCUGAGGCCUUGAUACUUCUCGUUUCUGGACUCAUGAACACUAAAGAAGUUGCAGAAGAGUAUGUUUACACGGGAGUUGGCUUGUUAGCUGGCUCUUCAAUUUUGCUUCUAACUAUAGUUUGGGGAACUUGUUUGAUUGUUGGAAGUCAAGAUCUUUACAUUGGAGCACAGUAUUCCAUCCUCUCUACCAAUUCAAACUCUAGAAUUUUAUCAUUUAACAGAUUACAACAUUUAUUAACCAGGUUUGGAAUUACCACUGACCAAGAGACUAGCUACACUGCCAGGAUCAUGGUUUUCUCUGUGACACCAUUUUUAAUCAUUCAACUCUUGAAAAUUAUUCCUUCUUCUUCUGCAAAGACACCAGUGAUCUUGAUUGCUCUUACAAUUUCAGUUCUAUUCUUACUCCUGUUCUUCUGCUAUCAGAUUUUCCAGCCAUGGAUUCAAAAAAGAAGAUUGGAAUUUGUGAAACAUGAAGAUUUAAUAUUAAGAAUUCUUCAACAUGUGCAAAAACAUGCCAUAGAAAGAAUCCUAACACAUGUUGGGGCACCAAAUGUAAAUGCUAUAAGGAGGCUAUUCGAGGAACUAGACCAAGAUGGCAACGACUACAUAUCACCCUCGGAACUUAAAGAACUACUUCUAGAAGUCAAGUUUACAAGAUCACACAUCAAUAAGGAGAAAGCAAUAGAAGAUGUAAUGAAAGAAUUUGACCUUGAUGGUGACCAAAAAAUAACUAAAGAUGAAUUCAUCAAUGGAUUCACCAAAUGGCUUGACGAGGCAAAGAAAGCAAUGGAUAAACGAUACUACUCUCAAAAAUCAUUGAGAGAUAUUUAUCGGGUAUUUCAACCUUGGAUUGAGAAUAAAAGAAAAGAACGAGAAAUGAAGAAAAAUCUAAUAUCAGAAAUGUUAAGUCAUUUCGAAAGCAAUAGUGUAGGAAGCCUUCUCACAGAUGAUGGCAAACCCGAUAAGCCUGCUAUUAUAAGGUAAUUAGGCCAUA